AUGGCUCCUUCACAGCGUGUGGUCAUCAUCGGAGCGGGAAUAGUUGGCACCAACUUGGCCGAUGAGCUAGCGACACGAGGAUGGAAGAACAUUACAGUCAUUGAACAGGGCCCUUUGAGCAUGCCUGGUGGCUCAACAUCGCAUGCUCCUGGCUUGGUGUUCCAGACCAACACUUCGAAGACCAUGACCCAUUUAGCCAAAUAUACGAGAGACAAGCUUAGUUCGCUGGAGAAGGACGGGCAAAGUUGCUUCAAUCACGUCGGUGGAAUAGAGGUAGCAACGACGCCGGCGCGCCUGGAGGAGCUGAAGCGAAAGCGUGGGUUGGCUGAGUCUUGGGGCAUUCAGACUAAAUUGAUCAGUGCAGAGGAGUGUUCAAAGCUUUAUCCUUUGCUCAACAAGGAGAAAGUGCUUGGAGGCAUUUACAUUCCAAGUGAUGGACUGGCAUUGGCUGCCCGAGCUGUUCAACUUCUUGUUGAGCGCACCCGAAAAGCUGGCGUCCGAUAUCUUGACUUGACACCUGUCGUCGGUAUCGAGAAGAAGGAUGGGCGAGUGACAGGGGUGGAGACGCAGAAUCGUGGCACGAUACCAGCAGACAUAGUGAUAUCCUGCGCAGGCUUCUGGGGCGUCGAAAUCGGCGCCAUGGUUGAUUUGCCCAUCCCGCUUCUCCCACUCGCACACCAAUACGCGAAGACCACACCUCUCCCAGCUCUCAGGGCUCGAAGAAACCCUCCAAAUUGGGCCACCCUUCCAAUUCUUCGACACCAAGACAGUGACCUCUAUUACCGUGAGCAUGGAGAUCGAUACGGUAUUGGCUACUAUGGUCAUCGACCAAUGCCGGUAGUUGCAGCUUCGCUUGGGCAGACUCCCAAGCAGGUAGACGAGAAGAACAUGCCAUCUCGCAUGACAUUUACAUCAGAAGAUUUCGAACCUGCAUGGAAGGAGUCUCAAGACCUUUUGCCAUCUAUGAGAGAGGGCCAGAUCGAAGACGGCUUCAAUGGGAUCUUCUCCUUCACACCUGAUGGCGGACCUGUCGUUGGCCAGCAUCCGACUUUAGAUGGAUUUUGGGUCGCCGAAGCAGUUUGGGUCACUCACUCUGCUGGCAUAGCUCGAGCUAUGGCGCAAAUCUUGACUACUGGCUACUCAGAGAUCGACUUAGGCGAAUGUGACAUGAACCGCUUCGAGCAAGUACAGCUUGCACAGGAAUAUGUCAAAGAGACCUCCAUGCAGAACUUUGUUGAGGUCUACGAUAUCUUGCACCCAUCAGAACCCAAGCAAUCUCCUCGCAACGUUCGCAUCAGUCCGUUCUAUGCAAGACAGGUCGAGCUUGGCGCAUUCUUCUUGGAGUCUAGAGCAUGGGAGCGACCUCAUUAUUUCAAGGCAAAUGCGGGACUGCUUGACGAGAUGCCGACGUCAUGGAAGCCUGUUGAGCGUGAUGCGUGGUCCAACAGAUUUUAUUCACCCAUAGCAGCUGCUGAAGCUUGGAGGACAAGGACAGCUGCUGGCUUGUACGAUAUGACGCCACUGCGAAGAGUCGAAGUGUCUGGGCCUGGCGCUGUGGACUUGCUGCAAAGACUGAGCACGGGUAAUAUGGCCAAGAAAUCAGGCUCUGUCACAUAUGCCAUGCUUCUCGAUGAUCGAGGAGGGAUAAGAAGCGACAUUACAGCAGCGCGACUUGAGGAGGAUCUAUUCCAGGUCAAUGUGAACAGUCGCAUCGAUCUCAUCAAUCUUCAACGUGAAGCUCGACGACAGGCUAGACAAAAUCCGGCGAAGUAUGUCCAGGUUCGAGACAUAACGGGUGGCACUUGCUGUAUUGGCUUCUGGGGUCCUAGAGUCCGAGAUGUCAUCAGUGCUAUAAGUGCGGACGACAUCUCCGACAGCUCCCUUCCAUACUAUGGCGUCAGGCGAGCUCAUAUCGCUGGAAUUCCAGUCAUUAUGACCAGAAUCACUCACGUGGGAGAGCUUGGCUGGGAGAUCAGCACCACGGCUGAGAAUGGUCAGAAGCUCUGGGAUGCUAUCUGGAAAGCAGGUCAGCCACAUGGUGUUAUUGCUGCAGGUCGCAUCGCGCUCAAUGCUCUUCGUAUGGAGAUGGGCUAUCGAGACUGGGGUUCCGAUAUGUCGUCUGAACACAAUCCUUACGAAGCCGGGUUGGGCUUUACCAUCGAUACCAGCAAGACAGAUUUUGUCGGCAAGGCUGCACUACAGGCUCAGUCCGAGAAGACUGCGACCAAACGCCUGCGCUCGCUCAUUGUGAAUGAUGGCCGCUCGGUGGUUCUGGGCAAAGAGCCGGUCUACUACCGUGGCAAGCCGGUCGGGUACGUGACCAGCGCUGCUUUCGCAUACAGCAUUGGCAAGCCCAUCGCCUAUGCUUGGUUGCCGGGCGACCUCGUGGAUGGUACUGCGGUCGAGCUUGAAUAUUUCGGACGAAGAUUUGGAGCCACUGUCACUGCUGAUCCUGUUCUCAAACGAGGAGUCCAGCUACAGCACAGUCGGGGCGCACCGACGCAGAGCAGCGCUCUGGAGAUCCGAGCCAAGCUGUGA